AUGACAUCUUGCAGAGAGCAAGACUUGCUGUAAUUCACUUCUGUCUGUUGAGUUCUUUUAACACCAUGUGUACGUCAAUGUCAACGUUAUGCUAAUACGAUAUGGUCUUUAUAUCGAUCUAUCCACGCCUAUGCUUAGCGCCACAACACCACAGACGUAAAAAACAUAGCUCUUACUAUCGGUACUAAAUUUCCCAUUUUCAGUAAUUUCCUUCAAACGCAAACAAAGUAUUUAUAAUUAAAUUCACGUCAGUGUCUGUUUUCAUGUUGUAAAGCCAUCGCAGCACGUGAUCACAGCUGCACCGUGACGUAUUAGAAUCUUAGCCAAUCAGAUGGCCCAUGUAGCACAUCGAGGUUUAACUUUUCUGUAACAUUGCGCAUGCGCAGUUCAUUUUGAAAAUGGCGGCCCUACAAGGCGGUAUGGCCGACGCUGUGGAAAUAAAGGACAUUAAAACAGAAACACCCGUUGAUGCCGUCGUCAAUAACAAUACGAAUGACGGCAGGGUACUUUCUGCGUCCCCCGGGUCCGGUGGUUCGGUAGGAAAUAACAAACCCGCGACAGGAGCUCUGGAGGAAAAGCAGACAUUGCUGGCAAUUCUGCAAUUCCUUAAAAAGAACCAGCUAUCCGAGUCUGUCGACAUUUUGCGUCGUGAAGCUGGAUUACCCCAGGAGUUGUUCGAUUUGAAGGAGGGUGAUGGGUCCUCAGGUUCUGGAGGUGCAACUGUGACUGUGGAAGGAGGAGGUCUGGAUACCAACUCUCUACUCAGCCGAGUGACAUCCUCCUCUGGAGCCCAGGCGCCAGUUAAAGCGCCACCUGCAGAGGACCAGCCAGAUGUUAGCGUGGUUUUGUCUGCUUACAGUCAGCAGGGAGACCCAGCUCUCUACGAGGUUUAUUACAGCGGAUUGAAAAAGUUUAUAGAAACGGUUUUGGACUGUCAUAGAGCAGAGCUGUCCCAGGUUUUUUACCCACUGUUUGUGCACAUGUACCUAGAGCUGGUAUACAACAACCAUGAGAAUGUGGCCAAGGCAUUCUUUGAAAAGUUCAGCGGGGAUCAAGAGUGUUAUUAUAGAGAAGACCUUCAAGUGUUGUCAGGUUUGACAAAGAAGGAGCACUUGAGAGGCAAUGAGACUCUACUCGACUUUCGCACUAGCAAGUUUGUCCUGCGCAUCUCUCGCGACUCGUACCAAUUGCUCAAGAGGCACCUGCAGGAGCGGCAGAAUAACCAGAUCUGGAAUAUCAUCCAGGAGCAUCUCUACAUUGACAUCUUUGAUGGGAUGCCACGCAGCAAGAGCCAGAUUGAUGCAAUGUCUGGCAGUCUGGCGGGAGAGGGCAAAAGAGAGGCUAAUAAGGCAAAGGUGUAUUAUGGAUUGCUUAAAGAACCAGAAAUUGAACUACCACUUGAUGAUGAGGACGAGGAAGCAGAGAACGAAGAGGGUAAACCCAAGAAAAAGAAACCCAAAAAGGACAGCAUGGGCUCCAAGAGCAAGAAGCAGGAUCCCAAUGCACCUUCACAAACAAGGAUACCUCUUCCAGAAUUAAAGGAUUCGGAUAAACUGGACAAGAUCAUGUACAUGAAAGAAGCAACCAAGAGAAUCCGACUGGGACCAGAUAACCUCCCUUCCAUUUGUUUCUACUCUUUUCUCAAUGCAUACCAGGGUUUAACAGCUGUAGACUUCACAGAUGAUUCCAGUUUAAUUGCAGGAGGCUUUGCUGACUCCUCGGUCAGAGUGUGGAGUGUCACUCCGAAAAAGCUGCGCAAAGUCAAGUCCGCAGCAGACCUAAAUCUGAUUGAUAAAGAGUCAGAUGAUGUGCUGGAAAGGAUCAUGGAUGAAAAGACAGCCAGUGAGUCCAAACUCCUGUACGGGCACGGUGGUCCUGUGUAUGGUAUCAGCUUCAGCCCAGACAGAAACUACCUGCUGUCGAGUUCUGAAGAUGGAACAGUAAGGCUGUGGAGUCUCCAAACCUUCACUUGUUUGGUGGGCUACAAAGGCCACAACUACCCUGUGUGGGACACCCAGUUUUCUCCCCAUGGGUACUAUUUUGUCUCCGGGGGACAUGACAGAGUUGCCCGUCUUUGGGUUACAGACCAUUAUCAGCCUCUGCGGAUGUUCGCUGGUCACCUGGCUGACAUCACUUGCACCCGCUUCCACCCCAACUCUAAUUAUGUGGCCACAGGGUCAUCUGAUCGUACAAUCCGUUUGUGGGAUGUCCUGAAUGGGAAUUGUGUUCGCAUUUUCACUGGUCACAAGGGUCCGAUCCAUGCUUUGUCAUUCUCUCCCAACGGGAAGUUUUUGGCUUCGGGGGCCACAGAUGCCAGAGUUCUUCUUUGGGACAUUGGUCACGGACUCAUGAUUGGAGAGCUCAAAGGCCAUACAGAUACCAUCUACUCUCUCAAGUUCAGCAGGGAUGGUGAAAUUCUUGCCUCUGGCUCCAUGGAUAACACAGUUCGCCUGUGGGAUGCUGUGAAAGCAUUUGAUGAUUUGGAGACUGAUGACUUUACUGCAACUACAGGACAUGUUCAUUUACAAGAUAACUCGCAGGAGCUUCUGCUUGGCUGCUACACAACUAAAUCCUCACCUGUUCUGCAUCUUCACUUCACCCGCAGAAAUCUGCUGUUGGCAGCAGGGGGCUACAAUCCGUGAGAUUUUCUCGUGAAUUAAGCUUGAAAUUAUUUUUUUUCCACAAGUAACUGAUAUUUUUGGAAUGUGUGAACGUCUAAUAAUGAUUUAUUUAAUGCUUGUCAACUCGUAUUACACUUGUGAUGUGAGAUCAUAAUUUAAAUUGUCAGAAUAUGGUGCCAUUCUAACUAAUAAUCAUGUUCGAAAUAUUUACAAGUGUACAGUGCCGUGAAAAAGUAUUUGAUUUCUGUUUUUUGGGGGGGCAUAGUUAUCACACAGAACAGUUUCAAAUCAUCAAACCACUUUCAAUAUUAAACAACCCAAGGAAACGCAAAAUACAGAUUUCAAAUGAUAAUUCUAUUUAUUAAAGCACAAAAAAAAAAAAAAAUCAAAACCUCUCUGUGUACCACAAAAUCCUGACUGAGAACGUCUGACCAUCAGUUCAUGCUCUCAAACUCAAGCAAUCUUCGAUCAUGCACCAGGACAACAAUCCGAAACAUAAAAGCAAGUCCACCUCUAAAUGGCUAAAAUAAAUAAAUAAAUGAAAAUUAAGAUUUUGGUCAAGACAGAGUCCAGAUUUAAAUCCAAUGAAAUCUAAUUCCAAUUAACUUCUUUUGAAACUGCAUUUUGUAUUUCUUUGGGUUGUCUCUAAGUGAUAUUCAAAUUGGUUUGAUGAUUUGAAAUCUUUGUGUGAUCGAUAUGCAAAAAAAUAAAUAAAAAUCAGUAAGGGGCAAAUACUGCUUCAUGGCAUUGUAGCUCUACAUCUGGCUGCCACCUUUUUAUUAUAGUCAUUUUAUAGUUGAACAUGUAAAUAAAACAAUUUUUUUAAA